AUGGCCGUUCCGUUCACGGACAGCGAAACGGAGGAGUCAGACAACGAUUUACAGACCAAGAGACUAAAAUAUAGUGAAUUCAUAACUUUAAUCACUUGUUUUGCCCACGCCGCUGAAGAAGCCUCAAAGAACCUGAAUGAUCUUGCAGAUAAAAUUGACGAGCAUUUUCGAAAAUGUAACAGAGGAAAAAUUGCCGGGUCUGCAGCUUCCCUGGUGGGGUUCCCGCUUAUUGCUGUAGGCUUUGGUUUGUCAUUUGUGACAUUUGGAGCGUCGCUUGGUCUCUCCAUUGCCGGUGCAGUACUCAGUGGCGCAGGAGGUAUCACGGCGGCCGGUUCGGGUUUAGCUGAGCAUUUCAUCACCAAAGCCAAGUGCAAAACGGCACAGGAGGCAAUUGAUGCCGUUCGCGAGAAAGCCAGAGAAAUAAAAGAGGGCUGUGAAAAAGUAGAAAAUAUGGCUCCAACUCCCUGUUCUGCCACCUUCAACGCCAGUUCGUUGACAGAAAACGUAGCCAGUUCUGUCGGAAUUCCAGCCAUUAAACCUGCAGGGGCCGUUACAGACGACGCCGCCGAAACUGUGUUUAAAGGUCUGGAGACAGGGCUUCGAGUUCUGCACAUAGGAGGAAUUGUAGUGAGUUCGUUGCUGGUACCCUAUGAUAUUUACACCUUAGCGACGUCCUCCGUCAAGGAGCAUCGCAAGACCGGGUCUCCACAGGCCAACAAGAUCCGAGAACUAGCCAAAGAAAUGCAUUGCUUGGCCCAGGAUACAAGGUCGGAUCUGGUUGAAAUAGAUCAGAUCUAA